AUGAUUAGGUCUUCUACUAUUACGGUACAUUGGCAUGAUGAGAAUCAGCCAGUCUAUUCUGUGGAUUUUCAACCGAAUUAUGAGGGUAUAAAAAGAUCAUCUCGGUUAGUUACUGGUGGUGGGGAUAAUAAUGUCAGAAUAUGGAAAUUGGUCUAUAAUAGCGAAACAGGGGAUAAUACAGUAGAAUAUUUGACAACAUUGAGAAAACAUACUCAGGCGGUGAAUGUUGUAAGGUUCGACCCAAGGGGAGAGAUACUAGCUACGGCAGGAGACGAUGGAACAUUGAUACUAUGGACAUUGUCAGAUCAUAUAGUUAAGGAGUUUGGAGCUGAGGAGGAUGACGACGUGCAAGAAUCUUGGGUUGUUAAACAUAUAUAUAGGUCUUCUACAUCAGAGAUAUACGACUUAUCGUGGUCUCCUGAUUCAAGGUUCAUUGCGACUGGAUCAAUGGAUAACAUAACUAGAAUCUAUAACGUUUCAACAGGACAGCAAGUUGGACAGCUAGCAGAGCAUAACCAUUACGUGCAAGGUGUUGCAUGGGACCCACGAAAUGAAUUUUUGGCUACACAAUCGGCUGACAGGUCGGUGCAUAUAUAUUCGUUGAAAAAGAAUGAAGAGAAGAAUGACAUUCAACUAGUGCCCACCACGUAUUUCAAGAUUACAAAGGCAGAAUUGCCAAGCACCAAACUUUCCAUAUAUGAUGAUGUGCAGAAAAAGUCUAUAACGGAAAUUGACAAUAUUGAUGAGCUUGAUAAUGAGCCAAAAGAAAGUAAAACCGCGACACCUAUGAGUCCACCUUCGAUCCAUAGUGUCCAAAACGUCAAAUCUCCUGCAAAACAAGUCAAGAAAACAUUAUCCACCGAUACGCUACCAGCAGUGAGACCGAUAUCGACUAACCCGAAGUCAUCAUUAUCAAUAGGAAUGAGGAAUACCUUAUUAUAUCAUUCGGAAACAUUACAAUCUUUUUUCAGACGAUUAACAUUUUCUCCAGAUGGAAGUUUACUCUUGACACCUCUGGGUGUAUUUAAGACAGAAUCGAGUUCUAAGUCACCAAAUAAAACAGAAAGCAGCGAUGACAUAACUAACACAGUGUAUGUUUAUAUUAGGUCAGGAUUAAAUAAAUCCCCUGUCUGUCACAUACCGGGCUUAAAGAAGCCAGCAAUUGCGAUUUCCUUUUCACCAAUUAUAUAUAAGGUAAACGAAAAGACUGAAAAGGAACCAGUUUUCAAGUUACCUUACAAGAUGAUCUUUGCAGUAGCGACGCAAGAUUCGGUAAUAAUAUAUGAUACUGUGAAGCUUAAGCCAUUAGGUUUCGUAUCAAAUUUACACUAUUCAACAAUUACAGACUUAUGUUGGAACAAAGAUGGGCAAAGCAUUGUUGUUGGUUCUGCUGAUGGAUUUUGUUCGAAUAUAGCAUUUGACAAUGGAAGUUUUGGGGAAGUGCAUGCUAAUUCAAGUGAUAAUUGCAAGUUUUGGGAAUCAAAUUUAAACUCAAACAUUGAUGGAAAUGCUAUUGGUGAACAGAAGGAAACGGAAAUGGUGAUUAAUGAAGAGAAACCAAAGGAGAAAGAUUCCAAUGAUAGGAAGACCAUAAUAAAUAUGCUAAAAGAAAAUGAAGUCAAGUCGCAAAAGUCAACUCAGGACAAUGAAUCAAAGACUGCUAACCAACAGUUCUCGAUAGAUCAAUUUAGAGCGAAACCAAUAGAGAAGCAAGACUCGGAACAAUUAAAGAAGAAAAGGAAAAUAGUCCCUACAUUAAUAACUAAAUAG